CUUGACUUGACUCAUCAGUGUGUGCUGCUCUCCUCCACUUCCACACACACACACACACACAGAGAAGCAGAAGAACCUAAAGGAGACUAUUCCCGCCGACUUGGACUGGAGACAUGACCAAAGAGAUUGAGACUCUUGGACUGGUCAGUCAGAGUGAGAACUUCAACUACAACCGGUACGCGAGUUAUAAUAUGGACUCCUGGUCCUACCUGGAAAGUCAGAUGACAGAGGAGAGCCAUAAACCCAAACUCCAGCCCGGGGACGACCUGACGGCGCUCACCAUGCUGUACGAGCAGUGCAAGACCCAGAAAGAGCAGAAGAUGUCCGCCGCCAUUCGCAAGCCAUCAGAGAGGUCUGCAAACGGUGAUCUGGCGCUGCUGGAUGCGUCUGCGAGCGUCAUGAAGAUCCUGUCCGAUAACGUCCCCACCAGCCACUCACUGGAGGUUCUGGGAUCCAAACCCCUGUCGGUCUCGGCGCCCCCUACUUCAGACACCUACGCCACACUCACCAGCGUGGUGUCCGACACCUACGACAAGCAAGAGCUCAACCACAUCUUUGACUCUCUGCUGCAGAAGUGGCCCGAGAACAGCGUGUUCCCGGAUCCCAGUGCCGAGACUCUUCCUUACAGCGAUCCCUUCCCUGAAAACCACCCCAGCCCGGUCUACUCCGGGUCCUACACCGGCUCCCCCGCCGAGAGGUACAGGAGCGAGUUCCAGUUUUCCCUCGGAGCUCCGUCGGCAAGCGGGAAGUCCAGUGACCUGCCAAUGGUCUACCUUAACAAGGGCCAGUUCUACCCCAUUACCCUGCAGGGAGUGGACGCUCCUACAGCCACCAAAGUCAAGACGGUGGUGAUGGCGGUGUUUGAGAACGACAAGACCCCGGAGAUGCAGCUUCGCUUUUGGAACCACUGGCACGCCCGCCAGCCGACAGUCAAGCAGAGGGUCAUCGAUAUCGCGGACUACAAAGAAGUGUUCAGCGGCAUUAGCAACAUUGAGGAGGUGGCCUUCAACGCGCUGUCCUUUGUUUGGAACCCCAGUGAAGAAGCCAAGGUCUUCAUUGGCAUCAACUCCUUGAGCACCGACUUCUCGUCCCAGAAGGGCGUCAAAGGCCUCCCCCUCAACCUGCAGAUUGACACGUACGACUUCAGCUCGGGAAGCAACCAGCUCAUCCACCGAGCCGCCUGCCAGGUCAAAAUCUUCUGCGAUAAGGGCGCUGAGAGGAAGAUGCGAGAUGAGGAGCGGAAAAGAAGCAAGAGGAGGGGAAAGGCGGCCAGCGAUGCAAACGCCAACAAGUCGCUGGUUAGCAGCUCUAUGGGCACUGAGAGCACCUUCUUCCAGACCUUGGAUGACCACACCACCCAGCCCGUCCUCUUCAUCCCAGAGACCCAUUUAUCCAGUCUACAGCGAAUGGCCACGCCCAUGGAAGAAACCGAAAGGAAGAGGUUUUACCCAGACAGAGAGCAGUCCAACUCUCCACCCAGCAAACAAGCGCGAUGGGACGACACCCACCGAGUUCUCUUGUACGUGAGGACAAGCACUGAAGAAGUGUUCGACGCGCUGAUGCUCAGCUCACCGACACUCUCGGGCCUCAAAGAAGCGAUUUCAGAGAAGUAUGGCAUGCAAGAGGACACCAUUGGGAAAAUCUACAAGAAAUGCAAACGCGGGAUUUUCGUCAACAUGGACGACAACAUCAUCGAACAUUACACCAACCAGUCGGCCUUUCUCAUCGAGAUGUCCGAAGUGGUGCCCCACCAGUUCCAAAUCACCCUGGUCGAAGUAUGAAAAACACCCCCCCUCGCCCCCCAACCCUUCGUCCCUCUUCCGAAGGAGCAGGCGACCAGUUGCCAAGCCCAUGAAAUCUUUUCAAGCACUGCCCAGUCCUUAAACUUGCUGAAGCCAGGGAGCGCUGGACUGAACUGAGAUGCCAGAUCCACUUCCAAUUUCAGAGGAAAAAAAAUGUUUGCGUGUAAAUAAUUUAAUAAUGUAUUGCAGGAGCAUUUAUGACGACCGGCUUGUAAAUAGUGUAAAUAGAUUUUUAAUAUAACAGUGUUUUAUCGACUUAUUUCAAUUUUUGAACUCUGGAUUUAGUUCACUUCUGCUUUGAGGAGUUGUCAUUAAUUUCCGCUAUGGUGCCUUUUUUUUUUUUUUUU